AUGGAAAUAGAGUGGAAUGGAGAUUGCGAAGGCGAUUGCAUCGCAAAUGUGUGUCGUUGUAAGCAAGGAUUCAUACGUCGUGAACUUGGAGGAUCAUGUAUCGAGGAAUCGUCAUGUCCUCCUGGUCGAAAACCGGUUCCGCCGUCAUGCCAUGGAGUCUCUUGCCAUGAAGGAGCUCACUGUGAAGUGGUCGAUGUACCGUGCACGAAUGGUACCUGUCCUCAAGAAGCCAUUUGUAUAGACGACCAAAAUGAUUCUCAACUUUUUUAG